AUGAAGCCCUACUUUGGUUUAACUGGGGGGUGGCUCACUUUUUGGUUGACUGUGGCGUGCGCGACGAAUAUGGCAUUAUUUGGGUAUGAUCAAGGAGUUUUCAGCGGUGUUGUUGUAUCCGACAACUUCUUGAAUACCCUUGGCCUCGUCAAUAACCCCAGUCUCAUCGGAACAAUAUCCGCGUUGUUUGAUGUUGGAUCGUUCUUUGGCGCCGUUCUAACUUUGUUCAUUGGAGGGUUGCUCGGUCGAAAGAAGACUCUAUUGCUGGGUACAAGCAUCAUGAUCCUAGGUGUCUGUCUUCAAACAGCUGCUUCUACCAUUAGUGUGAUGAUAGCCGGGCGCAUAGUCACGGGACUCGGAAACGGGCUCAACUGUGCAACAGCUCCAGUCUGGCAGAGUGAAACCUCCAGUGCAGAAAUGCGUGGCAAGCUCAUAAUCUUGCAGCUUAUUAUGUGUGUUGUUGGGUUUUCCGUUUGUAACUGGCUGAACUUCGGCCUUGCCUUUGUCGGUGGCUCGUUCGCCUGGAGAUUCCCACUUGCAUUUCAACUUCUCUUCUUACUCAUAAUAUGGGCUACCACGCCAUGGCUUCCAGAAUCUCCCCGCUGGUUGAUCAGCAAAGGAAGGGUUGAUGAGGCUCAACAGAUUAUUGCUGAUCUCGCAGCUGUUCACUCUGACCACCCCCAUGUGGCAAGAGAGUCACGGAGAAUUGAGAGCGCGAUCGCGUUCGAAAGGGAAAAUGAGCCAAGUUUCUGGGAUAUCUUGCUAAACCGGACUCGCUCUCACUCUGGAACAUGUGCCACCCGCCGACUUAUUCUUGCAAUGGCUACAUUGGCUAUGAAGGAACUUACUGGUAUCAACGUCACCAGUUAUUAUCUUCCUACGCUACUCACUUCCUCUGUGGGGCUUUCCAAUACUAUGGCGCGACUUAUUACUUCACUGAAUACGAUCAGCUAUCUAAUUGCGAGCUUCUUCGGAAUUCCGUUGAUUGAGCGCUGGGGUAGACGGAAGAUGAUGAUUGUGGGCGCCGCAGGGCAAGGAUUCUCACAUAUUAUGAUCUGCAUCUGCAUUCGAAUCAAAGAGCUCCCCAGUGAGACCCACCAAACCGAAGCUGCCAAGGCAUCAAUUGCAUUUUUCUUCCUCUAUUAUGUCUUCUUCGCCAUUGGAUGGCAGGGAAUACCAUAUCUUUAUCCAACAGAAAUCAACUCAUUGGCCAUGCGCACCAAAGGGGUUGCGCUCAGCACUGCUACAAGCUGGGCUUUUAACUUCAUGGGCAAGUGA